AAUUUCUCAUCAUUUUUCCAUGACCACCAUCAACAACAACAAUGCGAAUAAUUUCAUUUGUUUGUUGGCAAAAAGAACAGCAUUUGCAAUACAAACUACUGCUACCGAUAAAACGAAACAAAACAAAACGAAAAUCCGUCUUGAUCCUGUUUCACAAGAAUUCAUUUGAAGGACGAAAAAAACAACAAAAACAAAGUGAUUAAUUGUUUUCCAUUGAACCGAAUCGGCUAGAAAAAAAAACAUCAUCUAAAACAACAGGAGAAAAGUUUCAGUCUUGCAGACUAAUUAUUCUUGAUAUACACCAUGUAUCAACAACAACAACAACAGCAGCAGCAACCAAGAAGACGAUUCAUCAUUUAUUUGAUUUCUAAUCAUAAUGACACGAAUAAUAAUAACCAACAGAAACAACCGAUUGGUUUGAUUCAUAGUCAUGAGAUUAUCGGUGGUAAUAAUGACGAACGUAGAAUUGUUAAUCACAAUAAUUCCAAUGAACACCGUCUUCAUAUACAACCAUUUGAUGAACAACAUCCAACCAGUGUUGAACUUGAACAGAUGAUCAAUCGAAAUGAUUUCAAUGUAAUUCAUUUUGAAUCGAAAGAUGCUGAUCGUAAUAUGCUUGAAUUAUCGAUGGAUAAUGAUCUUGGACAUCAUUUUCAUUGGCUUUUACGAUCACCAUGUAUGAUAUUGAUCAAUUCGAUUAUUCGUUUGCAUUUGGAUUCAGCAGUCUAUAGAAAAGCUGCUUCGGCUGCCGACAGCAAUGUAAUAACAGGAAUGAAAGAAAUAUUCCUCAUUAAUGAUGCUCAAUUAUGCUUUGAAAGUUCUUCCUUUCAUUCUCGUUGUUUAUUUUCGGUUGAUUCUCCGAAAUUUGGUGGCAUAAUUAACCUAUACACCAAAAGUAAUUUUGUGAAACAAAUCACAUCGAUUGAAAAUAAUCAACAACAACGACGACAGCAAAUUGCCUCAAUAUUUUAUUGUUCAUCAAAUAAUACCACAACAACGAUAGCAACGAAUAAUAAUGGUGGUGGUACUGCUGCUUCAAAUGUUAAAAAUAUUGUAAUCGGCAAUAUUCCAGAAAAUUAUCCAAAAUCAACAUCAUCAUCCGUUGGUGGUGGAAAAAAUGAACCCGAUUAUCUCAUCUAUUAUGAUGAUAAACAUCAAACAAAAUUGGUGGCUAUUGUUUGUGGCAAAAUUGAACCAUUUUCACCGACAGAUUCCAUGAACAAUAACAACAUUGUGACUGAAUUCAAUCCUGGUCAAAUUCUUCGUAUGCCUGACACAACAUUGGAAUUACGUAAUGAUCUUUGUAAUGAACAGAAUCGAAAAGAUUGGUUCUAUCUAUGUAAACAUUCAUCAUUGAUACGUGUACGAUUUAUGGCGAAUGUUUAUGUACAUAGUUUACAACCAACAAAAUGUUAUUUCAAAUCAUCACUAACCGUACCACCGAAAAAAUUUUCAAUCGUAAUUGCCGGAUAUGUAGGCAUAAUCGGACACCAUAAACCGACAGUCCCGGAUGAUUAUUAUAAUGCAUCAAAAGUCAUUUCCGGCGGUACUAGAGAUCAUUUAGUAGAAAUUAUUGUGGAUGAAGAUUGUCUUGUAUUUAUUGGCGAUCAUUUUAUGUUGCUUAUGGCUAAAGAAUCACGAAAUUCUACUACUGCUGCUGCUGAUAAUGUUGUAUUGAAAAUGGAAAUGAAGAACAAAUGAAAUUAAAUUUCCUAUAUUCUCCUUUGAAAUUAAAGCUAAGAAAAAAAUUCCUUUAGAAAUACUCGAAAAAUCAUUGAAGAAUCACCGCUGUAUCCUCUAAACUUUUGAACAAAACAAAAAUUAAAAUUCAAGAUGUUUCGU